AUGACUCGCUCGCUUCUCUUACAGCGCCUACAGGCGGUCGCCGACCAGCAGCCUCCCAGCCAGCCGCCCAGCAGACCGCCUGACCUGCCGGCGGAAGCCGCGCAAACGGCGGAGGCUGCCCGCCGUGCUGGCGGCCCCGCGGCAUCAACGGCGCAACGAAGGGAAGCAGCCGCAGCCAGAAGGACUGCUGGGGGAACGGUUCAAGGGGAGGGGCGAGCGGAGGAGCAGCGCGGUGGCGUGCGGUUGGAGUCGGUUCCGGCCACCAACCCCCAUGUCGCCCGACCUGCCCGUCCCGAGCCUGCCCUUCCCCCGUACGCCUUCCCCUCGCCCACCCCCCACUCUUCCGCCCUUGGUCUCCCCGUGCCCCCCCUGCACGCGAGCACGGGCACAGGCAGGGGAACAGGCGUGGGCACAGGUACGGGCACAGGCACCGGCACAGGCGCGGGCACAGGCGCGGGCACAGGCGCGGGCAGAGGCGCGGGCAGAGGCACGGGGUUGGGCGUGCGGGUGGAGCAGGUGCGGAGAGGUAGCAGCCACGGGAUCGGCAGGGGCAGGGUGCGGGCGUUGUGGGACGAUGAGCAGACAAUAACACUUCUGAAGAUCAUGCGCGGUGUGCUGCGCGCUCAGGGCAGCGCCCUCCCCGGCAGGAUCGAGGACUGGGGGGCGGUGCACCGCGAGUGGCUGCGGCGAGGAUCCCUGCGGGGGUACCCGAGGUACUCGGAGGAGCAGCUGAGGAUCCGGUGCAGGGUGGUGCGCGGGUGGGUGAAGGACAUACAGGCGCUGCAGGCAAUGCUGCCGCCCGGAGUCGAGUGGGAUCCUGCCACUCAGUACUUUGAUCCCGACCCCAAGCUGGGCAUCCUACCUCAACCGAGGCAGCACCGGCUGUGGCGGCGCCUUUCUGUGCUGGGCAUCAUGCCGAAGCUGAGGCAGGACCCGCAGUGGCGCGGCUACAGCCGGUGGUGCAGCCACGUGGCGCCCUGGCUGCCCCUCGCCCUGCUCUCCACCCACACUUGCCCUGCUGAGAACGUGCAAGGGGAGGUGCAGUGGGGGGAGGAGGAGGAGGAUGAUUGGGAGGAGGCGGAGGAUGAUUGGGAGGAGGCGGAUGAUGAUUGGGAGGCGGAAGAGGGAGAUGGAGGGGAACAGGGAGAGGAGGAGGAGGAAGAAGGUGACGAUGGGGAAGAGGAGGAUGAUGAAGUGGUGGAGGUGCGGGUAGGAGGGAUUGGGAAUAGAGAGGCAGAGGGGGAGGAGUUUGAGGGGUUGGAAGGGGGAGGGCUGGAGGUCGAAGUGGAGGAGGUGGAAAGGGGGGAGAGAUGGGGCAAUGCGGGGCGGCAGGGGGGUGGGGCAGGGGGGCUUGAGACGCGAGGAGGGGCUGUGAGGAGUCGGAGGAGCAGAGGAGGGGUGAGUGGAGGGGGUUGGAGGGGUGGAGAGUGGAACGGUGAUGAGUGGUGGGGGACGAGGAGGGGGGAUGUGGGGCGACAGGCUGGGGAAGGGGGGGGUGUGAGGAGCAGAGGAGGGGGGGCGAGUGUGGGGGGGAGAGGGAUUGGGAGUGAUGGGGUUGGUGCUGCACAGGGGAAUGGCGGGUUUGGCCGUCCAGCUGAAGCACCACAGGCUAAUGGCAUGCGUCGUGCUGAGGUGGCACGAAACAAUGUCACUUCUGCUGACGGUGCGCGUGCUGACGUGGCCCAUGCUGCUGACAUGGCCGGUGCAAGUGCGGAUGAGAGGGACGAGUACCCUGCGAGGCUGGCAGCGCGGAUCGCUGGCAUGGCGGCGAGCAGGAGGGAGCAAGGCGGCACAGAGGGGGGAGGGGCCGGGGAUGGAGGAGGAGGAGGAGGAAACGCAAGUGCACGGUGGGGGGAUGGGGCUCCAGAGGGGCAGAAUCGAGGGGAGGAGAGGAGAGGGGGGAGGGGUGUGAAGCGGUCAAGGCCGGUGUGGGUGCAGGUGAGGGAGAGGAAGCGGCAGCGGCAGGUGAUGGAGAGUGUAGCGCGUGCCCUCACCACGUUCAGGAGCAUGGCGGAGAAGGGGCAGCCCCACGUGCACCGAGACGCGGUAGCGGAUAGUGUGUUCAAGUCGGUGCAGGACGUGCAGGCCCUCCCCUCUCUGACGGACGCGCAGCGCGUGGCGGCCAUCGACGCCUUCCUGCAGCGCCCCCUCGACGCCCACGCCUUCCAGGCCAUGCGCCCCGCCCUGCAGACCCUCUUCGCCCGCCGCGCUCACGCCCAGGCCGUUGACCGGCAGCUGGCCGGCGUGCAGGCCGCUGCUGCUGCUGGGGGGGAUGCCGGCUUGGUGGACCAGCAGCUUGCGGGGCUGUCGGCGGGUGGGAUGGGCACAGGAGAGGCGGGCAGCAUGGCAGGCAGCAUGGCGGGCAGCAUGGCAGGACUGGAGCUGCUGGGGCAUCGCGUGCAGGAGUUGGUGCGAGAGAGCCUGGGAGCAGUCAAUGUUGGUCAACAGAUGGCCAGCACAGGUCAACAUGCAGUCAAUGCUGGUCAAGGGGGGGUGGUUGACGUUCCAGUGGUGGUCAAUGGGAUUCAGUGCGAGUGCCCUGAGUGUGUGGCUGUUAGAAUGUCGGUCAGAAUGCGUCAAGGCACAGUCAACGCGAGUCAAGAUGCAGUCAAUGCGAGUCAACCAGUGCUCAAUGCGGGUCCAGCACUGGUCAACGCGGGUCAAACAGCAGUCAACGUGAGUCAACCAGUGGUCAAUGCGCAUCCAAGUAGGGGAGUGGCAGCGAAUCAAGUGGAGACAGCUGUCAGCCAGCCAGGGUUGGGUGCAGGUCGUGUGAGAGGAGCUGCUGUGCUACAGACAAGAAAUGCUGGUCAAGCACCAGACAACGCUGGUCAAGCACCAGUCAACGCUGGUCAAGCACCAGUCAACGCUGGUCAAGCACCAGUCAACGCUGGUCAAGCAGCAGUCAACGCUGGUCAAGCAACAGUGAAUGCAGGAGGAGGGGCAGUGGGUGUGGGUCAAGGCAGAGCGGGAAGGGGAGGAGGGGGAGGAGGAGGGGAGGGAGGGGUUUGGAGGGAAGCAGCGAUUGUGGGGCUGCCAUUGGUGGAGCGGCUGCUGCAGGGCCAGGCGAGGGAAAGAAGCAGUGCUGUGGCGAGGGGACAGGGGGAGGACAGCGGGCAGAGGGGGGAACAGGGAGGGGAGGAGGGAGGAGAGGCGAGAGGGGAGCAUGGAGGGGAGCAAGAAGGGGAGCAUGGAGGGGAGCAAGGAGGGGAACAGGGAGGGGAGCAGAGGGUGGGGACGGUGAGUGUGCCGGGGGGCAGGGGCAGCGCAGGGGGGGUGUUCACGCUGUCGCACCGCUGUGUGGCGGACGGGCCGGCAGGGCAGUGCAGCCUGUGCAGCAUCGUGGCUGACCUCGUCAAAGAGCUGGGGGGAGGCGCUGCUGGGGGAGGCGCUGCUGGGGGAGGCGCUGCUGGGAGAGGGGGUGCUGCUGACCUUGUCAAAGAGCUGGGGGCGCCUGGUGAUGGGCGGGGGCAGGGCAAGGAGCUGGGCGCACCUGGUGGUGUGGUGCAUGGUGGGGGCGAGGUGGGGGGUGAUGGGAGAGAGGUGCGCACUGGGGCCGAGGCGGAGGGUACUGAGGUUGAGAUGUCCGGUCCGAGAGGGGAGGAGGGCGGGAAUGCUGGUGGAGGGGCGGACGGGGCAGACGGGGCGGACGGGGCGGGGGAGAGGGGUGUGGCGGGAAGGGUGAGGGCAGAGGAGGGUGGUGAGGGAAGGGGCGGUGGAGGUGAAGAAGCAGUAAAUGCAGGUCAAGGGGCGGUCAAUGCAGGUCAAGGGGCGGUCAAUGCAGGUCAAGGGGCGGUCAAUGCAGGUCAAGGGGCGGUCAAUGCAGGUCAAGGGGCGGUCAAUGCUGGUCAAGGGGCGGUCAAUGGUUGUCAAGGGGUGGGUAUGAAUGGAGCAGAAGAGUUGAACCUUUCAGGCCAAAAUGUGAGAGCUGGAUGGGAUAUGCGUGAGGAGGAGUUGGGUGAGGGGACAGGAAUUGUGUGUGUGAGGGACGAUGGAGUUAUUGUGUUCGAGGGGGGAGAUUUGAGUAUGGGGGAGGGAGGCACUUCUGAGGGGGAAGGGGAUGUGACUCUGGGGGAAGGGGAUGUGGCGAUGGGUGAAGGGGAUGUGCUUAUGGGUGAAGGGGAUGUGACUAUGGGUGAAGGGGAUGUGACUAUGGGGGAAGGGGAUGUGCCUAUGGGGGAAGGGGAUGCGACUGUGAGGGGAAAGGACUCAAGCUGUAAGGAAGGAGAGACACGUGGGAAGGAAGGAGAGAGGAAUGGGAAGGAAGGAGAGAUGAGUGGGAAGGAAGGAGGGAUGAAUGCGAAGGAAGGAGGGAUGAGUGGGAAGGAGGGGGAGACAAGAGGGAAGGUUGGGGAGACUGCUGAGAAGGAGAGAGAUGCGAGUGGGGAGGAGGGAGAGAAGAGUGGGAAGGAGGGAGAGACGAAUGGGAAGGUGGGAAAAGCAUGCGGGAAGGAGGGAGAGACGAGUGGAAGGGAGGGAGAGGCGAGUGGGAAGGAGGGAGAGACGAGUGGGAAGGAGGGAGAGACGAUUGGGAAAGAAGGAGAGACGAAUGGGAAUGAAGGAGAGGCAUGCGGGAAGGAGGGAGAGACGAGUGAAAGGGCGGGAGAGGCGAGUGGGAAGGAAGGAGAGACGAGUGGGAAAGAGGGAGACACGAGUGGGAAGGAGGAGGCGAGUGGGAAGGAGGGAGAGACGAGUGAGAUGAAGGGAGAGACGAGUGGGAAGGAGGGAGAGACGAUGAUUGGGAAAGAGGGAGAGAUGAGUGGGAAGGAGGAGGCGAGUGGAAAGGAGGGAGAGAUGAGUGGGAAGGAGGGAGAGACGAGUGGGAAGGAGGGAGAGACGAGUGGGAGGGAGGGAGAGACGAGUGGGAAGGAGGGAGAGACGAGUGGAAAGGAGGGAGAGACGAGUGGGAAGGAGGAGGCAGGUGGGAAGGAGGGAGAAGCGAUUGGGAAGGAGGGAGAAACGAGUGGGAAGGAGGGAGAGACGAGUGGAAAGGAGGGAGAGACGAGUGGGAAGGAGGAGGCAGGUGGGAAGGAGGGAGAAACGAUUGGGAAGGAGGGAGAAACGAGUGGGAAGGAGGGAGAGACGAGUGGAAAGGAGGGAGAAACGAGUGGGAAGGAGGAGCCAGGUGGGAAGGAGGGAGAAACGAUUGGGAAGGAGGGAGAAACGAGUGGGAAGGAGGGAGAGACGAGUGGAAAGGAGGGAGAAACGAGUGGGAAGGAGGAGGCGAGUGGGACGGAGGGAGAGACGAGUGGGAAGGAGGGAGAAACGAGUGGGAAGGAGGGUGAGACGAGUGGAAAGGAGGGAGAGAUGAGUGGAAAGGAGGGAGAGACGAGUGGGAAGGAGGGAGAGACGAGUUGGAAGGAGGGAGAGACGAGUGGGAAGGAGGGAGAGACGAGUGGGAAGGAGGGAGAGACGAGUGGGAAGGAGGGAGAGACGAGUGGGAAGGAGGGGGUCAAGGCUUUGGGGGAAAUCGAGCUGACUGCAAAGGAAGGAGAAAAUGAUAAAGAUGGGUGA